AUGGGGCAAAAUUCGCAGGAAGCUAUUCAAGCAAUGUACAAAGGGAAUAAGGAAUCUCCCAAAACUACAUCCAAACCCAAGCUGGUGCUUCCGGAAGAUUCUAACUCUCCCCUUAUAGAUCUCCUAUCUGAGGAACCUCCUCCAUAUCCUGUUUCUACAAGUUUGGCUCAGGAGGCAGCAGCAAGACCGCCUGCCCCCCCAGAGGCUGAGGCAGCAUUUUCCCCAAUAGCAGGGAGACUGCGCCAUAAGUGGGAAGCAGCACCGGAUUCAACCUCUCAGGCCUUUCCCCUUAGACAGGGAGUGGGAGGGCAGACCCAGUAUUGGCCCUUCUCCGCGGCCGACAUCUAUAACUGGAAGCAGCACAACCCCCCUUUUUCCAAGGACGCAGUGGCCUUUACUGAACUAAUAGAAUCUGUUUUACUCACACUUCAGCCCACUUGGGAUGAUUGUCAGCAGCUCUUACAGGCUCUCUUGACUUCGGAAGAAAAACAAAGGGUGUUUCUGGAAGCCAGGAAGCACGUCCUGGGGGAUGAUGGGCGUCCUACUCAGCUGCCUGAUGCAAUUGAUGAUGCGUUCCCACUUACAAGGCCGAACUGGGACUUCAAUACGGUUGACGGUAGGGGACACCUACGCCUUUACCGCCAGUUGCUCUUAGCGGGUCUCCGAGGGGCUGCCCGGCGCCCUACCAAUUUGGCUCAGGUGAAUCAGGUAUUAGAGGGGGCCGAUGAGACCCCCUCAGCUUUUUUAGAAAGACUAAAAGAGGCCUAUCGCAUGUAUACACCCUAUGAUCCAGAUGACCCAGGGCAGAUGACGAGUGUCUCUAUGUCCUUCAUCUGGCAGGCUGCGCCAGAUAUUAGGGCUAAGUUACAGAGAUUGGAGAACCUACAGGGUUACACGCUGCAGGACUUGCUUAAAAAGGAUUUUUAA